AUGUCUUCCAAAAAUGGAAUCAAAUUCAUCAAAAUCCAACAAAAUUUGCAGCAUUUAACUCUAGGAAAAUUGUGCAAAUUUAUAGCUAUUUCAGGGCUGGUUCUCUUCUUGUUCUAUAUUUUCAUUUUGAACCACUUUCAUAACCAUUCUUCUAAUCAUUUAGCUCUCUCUAAAUUCAUAUGGCCAUCCAAUUCUUCCAAUGUUACAAAUUCAAAUUCAACUUCAAAAAUUGCUCCCUCUCCUCCCACCAAUAUUAGCCACAUUGUUUUCGGCAUUGCCGGCUCCUUAAAUGGAUGGAAAUUAAGAAAACCUUACAUUGAGUCAUGGUGGCAAGAAAAUGUGACAAGGGGUUACCUCUUUUUAGAUAUUCCUCCUACUGAUGAGUUUUUACCAUGGCCUUCGUCGUCGCCUCCCUUCAGGAUCAACGAGGACAUCUCUCGACUAAAAUCAUACGCCAAAAUUAGAAAGAAGUUUCAAGUUCGAGUGUUUCGAACGAUUCUAGAGGUGUUCAAAGCAGAGAAUAAAGACGUGAGAUGGUACGUGAUGACGGACGACGAUACUAUUCUGUUUGUUGAUAAUUUGGUUAAUGUGCUAGCAAAGUAUGACCACACUCAAAAUCUUUACAUUGGGACAAAUUCUGAGUGCAUUACUUCAAAUCUUUUUGCUUCUUUUGGCAUGGCUUUCGGUGGAGCUGGAAUUGCCUUGAGCUAUCCUCUAGCCAAACAAUUAGUAGGAAAGAUUGAUGAGUGUCUAGCGAGAUACCAGAAUUUGUAUGCCAGUGACUUCAUGUUAUACUCCUGUUUGACAGAUUUAGGAGUUGCCCUCACUCCUCAGAAAGGUUUUCAUCAGAUUGAUCUACACAAUGACAUAUCAGGUUUUCUAUCAGCUCAUCCUCAGUCUCCGGUGCUCUCCUUGCACCACAUUGAUAGCGUAAACCCGAUCUUCCCCACUCUCAGUCGUUCAGAAUCCGUAAACCACCUGAUGAAGGUGGCGAAAGUCGACAGUUCACGUCUCUUGCAGCAAACGAUAUGCUACCGCAAGCAAACCAACUGGUCUUUCUCUGUCUCCUGGGGCUACUCAACACAUAUAUACGAAAUGAUAUACCCUCGAAAUGUUCUGGUGAAACCCCUUCAGACAUUUUCGCCAUGGAGAAAAAACGACAGGCCGCCACUUUUCAUGUUUGACACCAGGGAUGUCAAGAAUAAUUCCUGCGAAACACCCCAUGUUUUCUUCUUUGAAUCCGUAAAGAAUUCUACAGGAAAUCGAGUGGUUACAACCUAUAGCCGGGUGUUGCCAAGAAACCUGCCGCCUUGUUCAACAAGUGGCAAUCAUUCUGCAGAUUUCAUCAAAAAAAUUCAAGUUUUUUCUCCGUCAACAACGCUCAAGGAGGAGGGAAAAAUCGAAUGCUGCGACAUUGAGGAGACGACUGAGACGACUGUUACUGAUGUCAAGUUAAGGGCAUGCAGAGAAGAUGAAAUUAUUUAA